AUGGCGAACAUGCCCAAUAUGAACAACAUGGGCGGCCCGGUCGGACCUCCGAUGAACAUGAUGAACAAUGGGGGCCUUGCACCACCGUCCCAGCCACCGAAUCAGAUCCAGCUCAACGACUCGGGGCGGACGACGCUGCUGAAUACGUACAUCUACGACUACUUUAUCCGCAAUCACAUGUUUGAUUGCGCGCGCGCGGUAUUCUCGGCCGAUCCUCACAUCAAGGUCAUCAAGGACAGCCCGGGGAAACAUCGCGAUGAGAACGGCAAUCUGCUCGGGAACGGCGAUGCCAUGGAUACAGACACCAAGGACGGGUUGGACCAGAAACGCCCAGACGAUCUGCCAGCACCCAACCUGCCGGUGCCCACGCCUGACAGCUGCUUCCUGUACGAUUGGUUCUGCCUCUUCUGGGACAUGUUCAACUCGCAGAAAGGGAAGGGCUCAAGCGGCCAGAUCAACCAAUACGUACAGCAUACUCAGGCACAAUCACGUAUGCGUCAGGAGCAGCAGCGGGAGUUGCUUCGCCAAAUGCGCUCCGAAUUCGCUCCACAGCAAUAUCACCCACAAAUGAUGACUCGUAUGCCGAACGGGGCCAUAAACAUCGGAGCCAUGAAGCCGGGGAAUUUGCAACGAACGGCCGUGGCUAACAGCCAGAAUCCCCAAACGAUGCAUCUACUACAGAAACAGGCAGCGGGGCAGAUGCCGCGGGAUCCGUCGGAGGGGAACCGCGGUGGGCCGGGCUCUCCCGGAUCGGCCGAGAAUGCGCCGUCGCCAUCCAAGAGACCCCGCCUCGACGGCGGAGCGCCCUUCAACCCUAACCAAGGAGUCAUGAUGCCUAACGGAAGACCAGGCCAGGGCAUGCCUGGACAGCCACAGAUGCAGACCUUUGCCCCUGCCGCUCCCAAUGCAAAGACACUUGCAAUGUAUUCGACUAACAUGUCGCAGCACCAUGGCAACCAGAUGCCUAAUAAACCCAUGCCACACGCCGCCGGUCCGCAGGGUCAAGGCUCCAUGGUGCCGCCAGGUCCCGACGGCAACUCGCUCAGCCAAUACUACAACCCGGGUGACCUUGGUCCCGGCAACAUGAGGCCUGGAGCGCCCAACGGCCAGGCGACCGCGAACAGCAACCACGCUCUGCAAGACUACCAGAUGCAACUGAUGUUGCUAGAGCAGCAGAACAAAAAACGGUUGAUGAUGGCUCGGCAGGAGCAGGAUAUGACAACGAACAACGUCCCCCGGGUCGACGGUCCCGGCGGCCCCGGCGGCCCCAAUGCUGCGCCAGGACCGAACGGCCAGGGAUUCCAGGGAACCUCGCCGCCCGGUGGGCGGAGCGGUGCCUCGCCUAACCCGUCCGAGUCGAUGAAGCGGAACCAGCAGAUGGGCAACCCCCCUAACAUGGGAUCCCCGCUUCCCGAUGGCGCAGCCCAGUCUCGAAGCUCUCCCAACGCGAUCAACUUCAUGGGCGGCAACAUGGACCCCAACACGGGGCAACACUUUAACAUCAACAUGAACAUGGCUGCUGCCCAGAUAAACGGUAUGCGGCCGCCAAGCUCGCAUCCUCAGUUCAACCAAAUGAAUCAGCAACAGAUAAUAGCUGCACGCCAGGCCCAGGCGAAUGCACAGGGCGUCCCGAUGCAAUGGCAGCAGGGUGGACCCAACGGCCAAAUGGCUGGACAGCCUCCCCAGUCGCAGAUGCAAGGGGGCCCGGCUCAGAACCAGCGGUCCAUGCCGCCUCCCUCUGCCCCGGCUGCGGCAGCGGCCGCCGCUAAUGCGGCCAAUGCACGCAACACGACCGCGUCGCCUCAGGUGACCAACGCUGCCCCCCCGACUCCGCAGCAAGGGAACAAGGCGGCACCCAAGAAGAAGGAGACAAAGUCCACCAAGGCCAAGCCGAAGAAGAGCAACCCUAAUCUUAACAAUGCCGGGGCCACUCCCGCUGCCGACGGCCCCGACGCCAACCAAGAGGCUCCGACGCCCGCCACACCGAUCACCCCGGCCAACCCGGCUGGGUUCCCCAAGAACCAGAAUGUUAACGCAGGCCAGGGCGUGCCGAAUGGUCAGCCUACUGCACCCGUGCCCCCCGCGCAGCCUGCUCCCGUUGCGGCACCGCCGCCGCAUUCGGAUCCCAACCAAGGGACCAGCUUCUUGGAAACUGGCGGAAUGGACUUCUCUCUCGGCUUUGCCGACCCCAUGCAGAGCGAGAACGUCCUGGACGGCUUCGACUUCGACACGUUCUUGCAGGACGGCAACACCGCGGAAGAUCCCACUUUCGACUUCACCCAGGGCUUCUCGAUGGAGGGCGAUACGACGAUUGGGGCGACGGAUUAG